AUGGAUGUGGAUUUGGCGAGCGUCGAAGUGGUUUUCGCUCAAAAGCUUGCAUGCGGAGAGCCAGCAACCCGUCAACGAGCUCUUCGUGUCCUACACGAUUGGAUUCGCGAUCAGUCAGCGAGAAAACCUUUCGAUGAAGCUGAUUUGAUGCGUUUAUGCAAAGGACUUCAUUAUGUGUUGUGGAUGCAAGACAAGAUGAUUCUCCAAGAAGAACUCGCCGAUAGAAUCGCAGGACUGAUCACCAUUUUCACAUCUGAACAAGAAAAAUUACGAUAUGUUUCUUGUUUCUUGAAAAGUCUCUCAAAUGAGUGGCCACAUAUUGAUCGAUGGAGAAUGGAUAAGUUCUUGAUGGCAGUUCGUCGCAUGGUUCGUUCUUGUUUUGCGCAUCUUGCAAGCCUCAAGUGGAAGAAAGAAGUUCGAGAUGAAUAUUGGAACGUCUUCCGGAAGACCACAAUCUCUGCAGAUAAAUCAUUCAAUGAAGGGCUUAAAUUUCAUUUCUGUUCUAUUCUUCUUGACGAGCUGGACAAAGCUGGCAGUUUAACGAAGAAACAGGUUACUGCUUGUCUGAAACCAUACAUCGAACUUCUCGGUGACAAGAACAUUAGCGAGUAUCUGUUCAAGUCAAUUCAUGAUGAAAUCUUCAAGGCUAUUUUACAAGAAAAAAGUGAUUCAGUCCAGGCUGCCGUUUACAGUAGUGAAGAGAAUGAUGAGGCUGGAAUCGAAUUCAGUUAUAACGAGAUUGCAACGCUACUCUUCGAAGAAGGAAAGAAAGAAAACUUGAAUGCAAAAAGAAGAAAGACAAUUUACGCCCUUGUAGAGAAGUUCAAAAAGUGUGCUCGAGGACAAGAUCCACAUCAUUUUGAAGCUCCUAUUCCAAAAGAGAAGCUUACGAAAAAAGACUACGAAGAGGCUGAAAAGAGAGCCGUAGAAUUGGCGGAAAGCUUCAAACAAGAUAAGAAAAAUGCUAGAAAGUUGAAAAGUCAGAUCAAAAAACGUGCUCGUGAAGCAUCAGAAUCCGCAAGAACGGAAACUGGAAAUGCGGAUGUUCCAGAAGACGAGAUUACCGAAGUAAGAAAAGGUAGCGGAAAGAAGACGGCUGUUCCAAAGGUGAAGAAAGGAAAACCAUUGAUGAAGGCAAAGGGAGUCGGAAAGAAGCAGAUGCUUGGACAGAAGAAAAAGAAGAACGGAGGAAAGAAGAAUUAA